AUGACUUCCACCACCAUAGGGAAGGCGGAGAUCGACAGACUCGCCCGCCUAUUCACGACAGCCCUCUUCGAUCUCCAUGAAGAAGAGACCGCACCAACCACUCAGGCUCGUCUCGCAUCUCUCAUUCUCGAGGAGACAUCCUCUCGAGCUCUACCCCUGGCACUCGCAAAAGCUUCCCUGGGCUUCUCCAUCUUCGAUGACCUCCUCCAACUCCUCAUUCAAACUCUUAAAUCAACACUCGAGAACGAGCGCAUCAAGCAUCUCCAAGUCGUGUGCGGAGAACAAGGCCCGCAGAGCUUCACCGCCCAGGUCCAAGGGGCUUUCGAGGAGGAAUUGAAGGACCAGUUCCGCUCUGGUUCCACCACCUUCCCUCUGAGGGAUGGAGACGGGUCAUUGAAUACGUUUAACCCGUGUCUCAACGCUGCGUUCUUCUCUGCCGUCGCGUUGAAGUUGGGGCUCACCUCAAUCGGAAAAUACCAUGUUACCGUUGCCCUUGAGGCUCUUGGACUUACGGAGAACAAGGCCGCGGAGGACAGAGGUGGUCAGCGUGCUGAGGCGUACGCAAUUGCUACGCUCAUCAUGUUCUCUGUUGGUGGCGUGGAGAAGUACGCCAGAAUCCUUGCGGAGGCCGGCGUCGAAUAUGAGGAGGUCCCGAAGCGCCUCAGGGGCUUGAAGAAUAGAGGUGUCCUGACUCGGGACAAGGAGCUUGCUCUUCUCGAGACAGUAGCCGAGGAUUUCGAUCGCAAUGCCUCCUCAGCGAGAUCGGACGCGCAGUAUCUGUCCUCAGAAGUGUUUGUACCUCGCACAACGCAGAAGUUAACGGCUGUGUGA